CGAUGUGCCUGAGGGGUGGGCAAGGGCCCGCUGACGUGUGCUUCCAGUGGGGCGGGUCUGAAGUCAGACAGUGGGCGGAGCGGAAGUGCCAUCACAGCCCUCACCCAAUGCACUGGGCUCCGACCUUGCAACACCCCCUCUAGUCAGCUGGUCCUGGGCUGGGGCCCAGGCCUCUCCUCAUCUCUAGGUAGGCGCCCGUGACCUGUCCUCUCACUCCGGGUCCAGAGAGGCCUGAGGCCCAGGGGAGCUUUGCACCCACUGGGUUUUUGAAAGGUGUGGGAUUUGUAUACUCAGGCUGGGUGGAGGUCGGGGCCAUGGAGGACAAAGAGGGUCAAGGGUCCCAGGGACAAAGAGGAAGGCUACAUUGUCCAUGUGCUACCCCGUCACUGGAAUGGACCGAGUGGGCAGAGGACGGGUCACCCUCACGUCUCCUGCGGCUGUGGCAUGCCUCUGGCCUCCACAUUCUCUCUCCCGGCCGUUCCCCAGACCCCUGGCACCAAAGCCACCCUUUGCCCGGGAGCACGGUCCCCACCCAGCAGCCCUGCUCCCCGUCUCCUGCCAAGGCACCAGAUUCCAGGCCCUACCCGAAGCCCUCCUGGCUCCCAGAGUGCAGCAUCGACUGCAUCCUGCCCACCAGGCCCCAAACCCAGCCAAACUUAAGCUGGGCCCUAUAGAGGCGCCCGGGGUUGUGAGGCUCAGAGGUCAGGGGGAGCUGCUUGGCAGCCUUCCUGGAGAAGAGAACCGGGGCAGACAUCCCAGAAAGCCUGCCAGAAGUUCUGCCCCUCGUAGAGGGAUCUGAGGUAUCUCGCUGUCUGCCCAGGAGGAAACACCCCGGGGAUGGGCGGGCUUGGCAAAGGAGCUGGGCCAGUGCACCGUAGGGCACAACCCUACCCGAACCUAAUCGCAGUGGACUCGGUCCUGGGCCGGCAGCCAGCCGCCCCGGGGCAUUCAGGGGUCAUAAAGGCUGUGCAGGAGAGGCAACCCCAGCUCUCCAGCUAAGAACCACCCUCCACGAUGCUGCAGGUGCUGCUGACCGGCUGGGUCUUCACCCUACUCAGGGCGUCGCUAAGCCAGGCCCAAGUCCCCAUCCAGGCUGACUUUGAUGCCACUCAGUUCCAGGGCACCUGGUAUGUGGUCGGGGUGGCCUCAGAUGACCAGGGCUUCCUGAGCUCCAAGGACGAGCUGAAGAUGUCCAUGGUCUCGGUGACUGCCUCAGCCAGCGGUGACCUGGCCCUCAAGUUUGCGAACCCUACGCCCGACGGCAGGUGCCAGAAGAUGGACACAACAUUGACCAAGGGUGCUGUGGAUGGACAGUUCACAAACAGGGCCAUGCAGCAGGCUGACAUCCGCGUGGUGGCCACCGACUACAGACGGUUCGCUGUACUCUACUUGGAGACUGAGGCCAAGGGCACGAGGAACGUCUGGCUGCAGCUCUUAGCCCGCACCCCAGAGCUGAUACCCGAAGGUGCCCAGAAGAUGCAGCAGCUGGCACCCCAAGUCGGCUUGAACCCCAGCCAGGGCACCCUGCUGCCCCAGUCAGACCAGUGUGCUGGUGCCUUCUCCUAGGAAGGAUCCGGCCCGGGAGUGCCAGCGGUGGCAGUCUGCUCUGCCUACUGGGCCUUCCUCAAAGAGCCACCACUUCUCUCUGCCACCCCUGCCCCUGCACAAUAAAUAAUCUAAAGCCACAGCUGUGUAUUUCUUCACCCUCCACGGUGGUUGAUGGCUCCAGGCCCAGAGUGGGACCCCUGGCUGUGUGCACCAGGGCAGAUGCUUCAAUAGGGGGUGGGGGCUGGGGAGGGGGGCAGGCUCUGCUCUGACAGAGGCAGCUUUCCAGACAGACAGGGGCAAUCACAGAAGCUUCCUUGCCCCACUUCCCCUGCCCUGCCCCGCAUACCAGGGCACCCGCCAGGGGGAUGUCACCCAUGUGCGGCAGCCCAGGCCUAGCCGGCUGCCCACAUUGGACCUCCUGGGCCUCUGGGGUCCUCCCAAAUCACAGCACGGGGCAGGUAUCUGGGCUACUUCUGUCCCCCUUCUUCUCCCCUGACCUCUGGCCCCAAAGUGCCUGCAGUUCACUCCUCACCUGGAGCCAGAGAAAACGAGUGUGUGCAAAAUGCUGUCCCAACAUUGAGUCUAUGUUGGGUAAUGUCACUCUUCUCUGAAGACACUUCGUCCUGCAGAAUUUGAGGGUAAAAUGGCAUGACCUCGGGGUAAUGUGAAUAGUUCAGAAAAAAAAUAAUGCUGGAUGGAAACAUGUAAGAUAAUUGUUCUAUCGGAGCUAUGGCUCGUUACACAUUCUGCUUUUUCAGUUGGUUAGAUGUUUUUAAUUAAAAACACAGCCCUGGGGCCCCUGGGGGACUCAGGUGAUGAAGUGUCUGCCUUCAGUCCAGGUCAUGAUCCCAGGGUCCUGGGAUUGAGUCCCCGAGUUGGGCUCCCUGCUCAGUGAGGAGUUUGCUUCUCCCGCUGCCUCUGCCCCUCCUCCCGCUUGUGCGCUCUCUCUCUCUCUCUCUCUCUCUGUCUUUCAAAUAAAUACAAUCUUUAAAA